AUGAAUAUGAUCACGUCACAGGUGUAUGUCAUCAGUUUAAUUUUAUUAUUUGUCACUACGAUUGAAGCUAGAUCAAUUUUAGACUUUCUACAUAUACGAUUCAGCUCGACGCGAGUAUCACCAUCUUGUUCAACGUAUUCUGAUAUUCCUCUAGUCGAUCCAGUCAAAGCAGAUAUUCGAACAUUGACAGACGAUUUGUCAAAAUGUCGAUAUUCAUCAUCAGAUCUUGUUCGUUGGUACAUAUCUCGAAUCGAGGAAGUUAAUGAACAAGGUCCUCAUCCACUUCAUGCUGUUAUUGAAAUAAAUCCUGAUGCAUUGGAUAUUGCCGAUGCAUUAGAUAUCGAGCGACAAAUCAAUGGGACAACACGAUCAUCGCUUCAUGGAAUACCUAUUUUAAUCAAAGAUAACAUUGCGACAGAUGAUAAAAUGGAAACAACAUCUGGUAGUUUAGCACUCGUGGGUUCUCGAGUACCACGAGAUGCAUUUGUUGUUGAACGAUUAAGAAAGGCAGGCGCAAUCAUCCUUGGCAAAGCGUCAUUGAGUGAAUGGAGUAAUUUUAAAGCAGAUAAUACAACCAGAGCUGGAUGGUCAGCACGAGGUGGUUUAGCUAGUUCAGCUUAUGUGGCUGAUGGUAAUCCAGGUGGAAGUAGUAGCGGUUCUGCCAUUGCUACAAGUGCCGGGUUAUGCGCAGCAGCUAUUGGAACAGAGACGUGUGGUAGUACAGUUGUACCAACUGGUCGUGCGAAUAUUGUUGGUCUAAAACCAACAGUAGGCCUAACGUCACGUUCCGGUGUUAUUCCAUUAUCACUCGAUCAUGAUACAGUUGGUCCAAUGGGUAAAACUGUUGAAGAUGUUGCUCGUCUACUAGAAGUGAUACAAAGUGCUGACAGUCGAGAUAAUAUGACACAAAAAGCCGGUAUUGUUCGCCAUCAAAAUUACACUCAAUUUCUGCAAGGUAUUGCCGGACUUCGACAUCUUCGCUUAGGUGUUGUCCGACAAGGUGGCCUUAAUAUGUCACAAGAAAAGACUGAUAGAGUACAACAAGCCAUCGAUGUAUUACGUCUUCACGGUGCAAUAGUAAUUGAUCCAGUGAAUGUCACUGGUUUAGACGAUGAAAAUUUGACGAAUUACUUGAAAACUAUAAUGUCCUAUAAUUUUCGUAAAGAUCUUCGAAAUUAUUUAUCUGAACUUAGAAACACAAGUAUUCGUUCAUUGAAAGAUAUUAUCGAAUUCAACAACGAACACGCUGAUAAAGAAUUUCAUGAAGAAUAUUCUCCGAAUCAAGACGUUUUUCUUACAGCUGAAAACCGUACUAAUUUAACGGCUGAUCAAUAUGCAGCCUUAUACGAUCAAACGCAACACAUGGGUGGUCGUGAUGGAAUCGAUGCAACGUUAAACGAAUAUGAAUUAGAUGCACUUAUUGUUCCUGACCCAGAACACGAAAUAACGGUAUUUGCGUCAUUUGCUGGUUACCCAUUAAUUGUCGUUCCAUUGGGUUUCAAUCAAUCAAAUAAUGAGCCAUAUGGUUUGAUGUUUGCCGGAACGGCAUGGUCAGAAUCUACCCUUUUACGUGUAGCACAUGGAUUUGAACAAGCAUUUCCGGUCAGAGAUACGAUCCGACCAAAGUAUGCCGAACGGCAUAGUGCAAUCUAUGAAUUUCUUUUUAAAAUCAUUGAAUAUUUUCGAAAACUUUUUACUGACUUGAAAGUUAUUUUAUAA